GUUUCCGCUUCCACCACCGCCGCGUUGACCCCAGACUGGCGGCGUUUUCGUCCAACUCUCCGCACAAUGUCCGGGGGCCUUCUGAAGGCGCUGCGCAGCGAUUCCUACGUGGAGCUGAGCCAGUACCGGGACCAGCACUUCCGGGGUGACAAUGAAGAACAGGAAAAAUUACUGAAGAAGAGCUGUACGUUGUAUGUUGGAAAUCUUUCCUUUUACACAACUGAAGAACAAAUCUAUGAACUUUUCAGCAAAAGUGGCGACAUAAAGAAAAUCAUCAUGGGCCUGGAUAAGAUGAAGAAAACAGCAUGUGGGUUUUGCUUUGUGGAAUACUAUUCAAGAGCAGAUGCAGAAAAUGCCAUGAGGUACAUAAAUGGAACUCGUCUGGAUGACCGGAUCAUUCGCACAGACUGGGACGCAGGCUUUAAGGAGGGCAGGCAGUAUGGCCGUGGGCGAUCUGGGGGCCAGGUACGAGAUGAGUAUCGGCAGGACUAUGACGCUGGGAGAGGCGGCUAUGGAAAGCUGGCCCAAAACCAGUGAGUGGUGAGAGUCCCAUCGUGAAAACGCACUCCUUUGGCCUCUUGAAUUUGCCAUGCAUUACCCAAGGUCUACAAACCUGCCCACUUGUACUGUGCUUUGAUCAAGGUCUUCUCUGAGCUGGAAGCCUUUUCCUGGUUUUCCUUUGAAAACUAUUAAAGGACAGAAUCCAAAAGAAUGCCUUUAAAUCUA